AUGGCCCCAUCAAAAGCUGAUGUUCUGAUUUUGGCCAGCCUCCAAUCAUCAUCCACCACUAUCCUCAGCCAGCAGGCCCCCCCCGAUCACAGCCAGUCAUCCUCCAGCUCCGUCGGACCAAACGUCGCUGGAAGGAUCGGCGUCGGCGGAAAUGUGAUGGUCGACCCUUACAACCCCACCCCCCUAUCCCAUAAGGGCGGCGUCGGAGCGGGCGCCUUUGUUUACAAGGUUUACAACAUGCUGCUUGACCCAUCAUUCCAACAUCUGAUCUCCUUCAAUCCCAGUGGACAGUCCUUCACCGUCAGCAAUGUCCAAGAUUUCAGCAAGACCGUCUUACCCAAACACUUCAAACACAAUAAUUUCUCAAGCUUCGUUCGUCAGCUCAACAUGUACGGUUUUCAUAAGGUCAAUAAGACCCCCCGAGGGCAACGAGGAAACGAUAACUCGGCCGCUUGGGAAUUCGUUCAUCCAAAAUUUCACCGAGGACGACCUGAUCUACUCGAGCAGAUUCGGAGAAAAACGCUGGACAACGAGUCUGGUUCUCAAUCUCUUCGGACCAAAGAUCAAUCACUCAUCAAUCAGUCCCAGUCCUCGCCCACCACCCAGAGGUUCCCACUCGAUUCACUCUCCUUCCUUCCAAGCCUCCCGCGGGCACAUCCCAGCUUCCAACUCGUCCAUGCAACCUCGGCCCCAUUCUUCCCUCAUCUCCACCAACGAACCAAGUCCGACUGUCAACCAGAACUGUCCCCGGCAACUCCAGGUGCUAGCUUCAACCUGCCAGAUAUCUUGAACGCCCAACUACCAUCUAACGCUCUGUUCGAGGCUGGCCCCAAUCCUUCGAUCGCCCCCAAUACCGAUCACUCCCGCAACGAACAUCAGUCCUCUCGACACUACACUCAUUCAUUUUCACACUCGCCCUACCCAAUCGACCCUCCUUCGUCCAGCCAUUCGCACAUCUCAUCUGCCCCGAUCACCCCGCUGAGUGCGGUGCCCCCUCCAUCAUCUCCGAUGGACAUGAACCUGGAUCCCAAGGCGUUUGCAAACAAUCCCCUCGAAAGUCUAGCUGAAAUCAAAACUCAGCUGUCCGGUCGCUUCCAAGGCAUCAAUGCCAGCUAUGAAGCACUCUACCAAGAGCUCCAUGAAACUCGUCGCCGCCAGGGAGUACUGAUCGACCUGGUCGAGAAGAUGUAUAAGACCUUACAAAACACCCCUAAUGCUAAUGUCGGUUACGAAUUUCCUUCGCGCGAAUUGCUCUGGGGGUCCGGAGGAGAGACCACGCCAGUGUUCAAAAUUACCGAGCAUGACUACCCAGGCCACCAUCCGAUGAACGAGGAUAACAGCACGCAACAGCAGUGCUCGGUCUCCGUCGGAACCUCGCCCUCGGUAUCCGAAUUCAGCCAUGCCGCCCAAGCGUCGCCCUGCGAUAGUGCCUACCGAUCCUUGUCCGUCGGUCCAGGCGGCUUUGGAGGAUUCGGCAACCUGACUUUGGCCAGUUACCCAAACAGUCCGGUCGGUGGAUUCAUGAGUGAUCGGCAACAACAAGCACCAACAACGGGAAACAACACUACGACGCCUAGCAGUCCGCCAAGUGCGACCAUGAUCCACUCUCGCUCGGUUUCUGCCCAACAGCAGAGCCAGCAAGGUGGACCCGGUCUCCUGGAUGACGCCUCGAAUCGGUUCUUGGUCCCCAGUAUCAGUUCAAGUCACCAUUCACAGCAAGCGAUGGGCGGAAGCAACAACGGAAUGAACUCGGUGCCCGUGUCUCCCCGCGCCGCGCUAUCGACGGCUCUCAAGACUCCUCUGCCGCCCUCGCCAGCGCCGUUCAAGCAGAUCGGAUGUCCAGGGCCUGCGGGCGGCGGCCCGGUGGAGCUGAUGUCGACGCAACAGAGCGAGGACUACCAGCAGGCCCUCGACAACUUCAUCCAUCAUAGCCACCACCAUCACCACUCUUCCCUGUCGAUGAUCGACGACCCCGCAGCAUCCUUCCCAGCUCCUACUUCCCUCGACCAUGCUCGAAUCCCCAUCAAGGCCGAGGACUGUCCCGGGGCUAACAACAGGCCGGCCACCGCUGCUUCCAAUUCCGCCGACGACAGCGCCAUCGCCGUCGGGCUCGCCUCUCUCUCGGAGUCCCAUUCCUCUCCCUCCUCCGCCGUCGCCGCCGGUGGGAACUGCUUCAAGGGCAAGAAACGCCCCGCAUCCGGGUCCAUGGACCUCUCUAAUCCCGCCAUCCACCAUCCUAGUCAUCUGGCCCAUCUCCAUCAUCACCAUCUUGCCCAUAACCAUCUCAACCUCCGGAACUAA